AUGGCGGCGGCGAUAUCCAACGGGUAUAUUAGUGAUUCAGAUAUGGACGACGACGACAUCAAUGGUGAUGAUCCCAGUAUGUACCGCAUUACAUUUACGCCGGACCACCGCAACAAGGACAAUAGCAAAGACAAAGAAGACACAGAAGAUCAGAUAAUGGACGACGUUGCGGAAAGAAGAGAGUCGACACCGGCUGGUUCAGUAUCCCAGGCCAUGGGCUUAAAUGUGGUGACGGAUGAUGAGGGAGAUUCGGUGGAUUCAGUGGAUGUGAAGAGACUCAAACUGAGCGUCUCCGCGUCCUCCACUUCCCCUGGCUUUAUUUCUUCCAGCAAAAGCGGCGGCGGCAGCAGCAGCAAGCCGCUGGCGGCUCCAAAUGCACUAGUAUUCGCUGUUCCGCCGGAAUCGCUCUCCCUGCGUACGCAAAUCUCCAUAACAUCCGCGCACCCACUCACUACACUCAUCCCACUGCAACACCCGCACCAACACUAUUCUGACAACAGUAGCCCGGCAUCAGCUAUCGCGCAGAGUCUUUAUUAUUGGGAGUAUCUUCUCCCUACCACCACUGCACCACACUCCUCAGCAGCAGCAACAGCAGCAGCAGCUGGGCAGAAAGAAAAGACAACGGGAGAGCUGCAUGAGGCUCUUCAUUCGCUGAUUUGCCUGCAACGGCAGUUUCCUGCGCAAUACCCGUUCGUGUACGUGUGUGUGCGCGACUACACAGUGAUAUUCAAAAUGGUUCCGCAGCCACCAUCAGCACCCGACGACCCUAACGGAAAGGAGGGAGAUAAUGCAGGAUACCGAUCAGUCUGCGUUGUGAGUCAAUCAGUCCUAGGUCUGCGCCGGGCCCUAGACCAAGCCCAAGUGGCCUUCACCCUGCCGCUAGCCCCCAAGCUACGCACCUGGGACGAGCUCUCCAGCCAAGGACAGGCAGAUACCGGACACCUGCGCGAUAUCACCGUUGAUCGUACAUGGAGAUCCGCACUGCUGAUCACCGACAAGAGUAGCGUCCAGGGGUUGUUCCAGUACCUGUUGGGCACGGAAAUGAAAGAUGCAAGCGUGUAUGCGCCUGGAGCAUUCAUUAACGGAACAAUGCGCAGGUGCCGCGUUAGUGCAUCGGAGGCUAUGGCGUAUGAGGCAGGUGUGCAGAGGAGGGUUUGGCGUUUGGAUAUGUGCGGCGUGUUUUUGCCCAAUGCCUGGCAUGCGAUUCUCGUGGCGCUGCGCGGAUCACUCUGCGUCACUGGCUCGGCAACCCUGGGGGUGGCUUCGAGGGAGUCGCCGGAGACUCUCCGUGGCUAA